CUGUUACUUACAAACAGCACAGUGGAGAAAAUCUGACUCUGACCCUGCAAGGGUUCAGUGCGAUCCGAUAGAAGCGUCGUUAAGGCUAGCUGGCCUGACUAAUUUCGAUGGCAUGUUCAAGACUAAACGCCGCUACCGUAAGUCAGUGGAAGCGUAAUAUAAAAACGUCUGUAUACGUGGUUGUUGUUUUCAUCCUGGGGCAUUAUCUUUGGAGGAUGUUGAUAGGCUAUCCUGUAAGUGUGAACACUGCCAGCCUUACUGAUACUGAUCCUCACCGGCGCGUGUUUUUGCUCACGAUUCCUUUCACCGAAGCAAGGGAAACAAUUGGGUCAGUUAUCUGGCGCUAUACAAUAACACAUGGUCUGUCAACCAUUCUUACAAAAGGAGGUGAAUCAACAGAUCGGCUGGGUACAAGCCCAAAGGCUCAGAACUCCUUUUUACGGCCGUAUCACACCGCCGUCACAGAGCUGAUCUACAACCCGACUAUUCUUCGCCAAUUUUUACGGGUGAAUACGCCCUACAUUACCGUCCUCAGGCAUCCGCUGGUUCAUCUUCAGUCCGCCAUCCAAAACCCCAAUACUAAGGAUGGCAAGUCUACUACCAUCAGUGUUAAAGACUUCCUUGAAAACCCAGGUCGUUUUGAAAAACAGUGGGCUCAACAGAUUUCCCUAACGAAUAAUCCUUACGCCCGAUAUUUUGGUAUGCCCCCGGACUGUUUUCACAACGAUUCCUUGAUAAAGGAACUGAUAUCGACAAUAGACAGAGAUUUCUCCGCAGUGCUGAUUCUGGAGAAAAUGGACGAAUCUCUUGUUAUGUUUAGGAGAGUCAUGCGCUGGUCGUACAAAGACAUCAGUUAUAAUCUGAAACAAAAACCUGAAAUUUUUCCGGAUAUGAUGCAAAUGGAAGACAUCGUUGCCAAACACCGCGCAUGGGCAGAAGCGGAUUAUGCAAUAUAUGAGCAUUUCAACAAUAAACUUAAUGAAUACGUUCAAAGAGGUGGGGAGACAUUUGCCGUCGAAGUGUCAAAAUUUAGACAAGCGUUAACAACCGUAAACGACUUUUGUGGCCAUGCUUUAAGACAAAAGGGUGUGCAUGAGGUAGAGUUCAGUGACUGGAGUGGUAAUGUCACGUUUUCACUGACUGACUGUAAACUUCUUCAGGCAAACGAAGGAACACUGAGGAAUAUCCUCGCAAAGAGACAGGUGCGAAUCUAGAAACCAUAUUUGAAAUAAGUUCUAGUUAUAUAUAUCUGAAUAAGCAUACUUUUUUGAUUCUUGUUACGUGAGAAAGUGAAUGAUAUGUGAAAAACAGCGGGAGGGGAAUUCCUUUCUUUCUAAAUGUGGGGCACGCUGGCCCAUUUGAUUUAGGGCAUAUUCAUACAAAUCCCUUGUAAAAUAUUUUCUUAAGAUCCAGGGAAUAUUGAAUGUCGUAUUCUAUUCAAUAUGCUUUAAAAGAGGAAGUAAUUUCCUCGCUUGGCGUUCAGCAUGAAGGGGAUAGUGCAACGACUGGUUGACCCACAUCAGUAUAAUGGCUCGGGCGGGGCCGCUUACUUACCUUAGGUAAGUCGUCUCUGCGAAGCAGCACUAGAUAAAAGAGAGGUGGA